UGGGCGGUGUGGAGGGGGCACUGCCCCAUGGGGAGGGGUUGGGCUGUCUGCAGGAAAUGGGUGGCAUGUGUGCUUUGUCGGAUGUUGCAGAGCUCCUUGGGGUGGACGUUACAUCUUAGGGCACUGAGGAUGGGAAUCCACGGCCUGGCCAAGCUGAUUGCAGAUGUGGCGCCUGGUGCCAUACGAGAGAAUGAUAUCAAGAGUUAUUUUGGCCGGAAGGUGGCCAUUGAUGCCUCCAUGAGCAUCUAUCAGUUCCUGAUUGCGGUGCGGCAGGGAGCAGACAUGCUGCAGAACGAGGAAGGUGAGACCACCAGCCACCUGAUGGGCAUGUUCUACCGCACCAUUCGUAUGGUGGAGAAUGGCAUCAAACCAGUCUACGUCUUUGAUGGCAAGCCCCCCCAGCUGAAGUCGGGUGAGCUGGCCAAGCGGACUGAGCGCCGGGCUGAGGCAGAGAAGCAGCUCCAGGAGGCCCAAGAGGCAGGGGAAGAAGACAAUGUGGAGAAAUUCAGCAAGAGGCUAGUCAAAGUGACCAAGCAGCACAAUGAUGAAUGCAAGAAGCUGCUGACCCUGAUGGGUAUCCCAUAUGUGGAGGCGCCAGGUGAGGCUGAAGCCAGUUGUGCCACUUUAGUGAAGGCUGGCAAGGUCUAUGCCGCUGCCACUGAAGAUAUGGACUGCCUGACAUUUGGCAGCCCCGUGCUGAUGCGGCACCUCACGGCCAGUGAGGCCAAGAAGCUGCCUAUCCAGGAAUUCCACCUGAACCGCAUCCUUCAGGACUUGGAUUUAACUUGGGAACAGUUUGUGGACCUGUGCAUCCUUCUGGGCUGUGACUAUUGCGAGAGCAUACGUGGCAUUGGGCCCAAGCGUGCUGUGGAACUCAUCAAGCAGCAUAAGACCAUUGAAAAGAUUGUGCAGCAGAUAGACACCAAGAAGUACCCCCUGCCUGAGAACUGGCUGCACAAGGAGGCCCAGCAGCUCUUCCUGGAGCCUGAGGUAGUGGACCCUGAGGCAGUGGAGCUGAAGUGGAGCGAGCCAGAUGAGGAUGGGCUUGUCCUUUUUAUGUGCGGGGAGAAGCAAUUCAAUGAAGAACGGAUCCGCAAUGGGAUCAAGAGGCUAAGCAAGAGCCGCCAAGGUAGCACUCAGGGCCGGCUGGAUGACUUCUUCAAGGUGACUGGCUCCAUCACCUCAGCCAAGCGUAAGGAGCCACAGCCCAAGGGCUCAGCCAAGAAGAAAGCAAAGGGCAAUAGUACAGCAGCAGCAAAGUUCAAAAGGGGGAAAUAACCAGACCUUCUAGAACUGUCCUAGUUCUCUUCCACUCCCAGAUCCCCUAGGGGUUUAAAUUUGGUAGAAGAUCCUGUAUUCUUCCUGCACUGCUCUGAGUUAUACCCUGUGGGGCACAAUGGUGUCUGUGCUGCUUCUGCUCCUCCAUAGAGUGCUUCCUUGUCCGAGAACCAGAGGGCAGUCUUGUAGUGCAGAAGCAGUAUAGGCACAACGGGGAGGGAGGAGAGGGACAAAAUAGUGGAAGGGUGGGGCAAUUAGGAGGAAUGGGAGAGAUUGACAAACGCAGGCAUGAGGGAGCUGCACUGGCAAUCCAUUGACCGUAUUCAUCAGCUUUAGGCUUACUUUAUCCAAGGCCCAUAAGAAUUGGGGGGGUGCUGCAGCAAGUGUGCAUGGGCAACACCUUGUGUUAUUCUGAAGCAGUCUUCUCUGACUGAAGGAGUGUUGCUUUCUAGCUAUAAUGAGAGCCAAACCCAGAUACUGAAAAGGAGCGUGUCAGCCAAAUGGACAAAGAAAUCUGCUCAAAAAGAACAUGGAAGGAAUGGAGAUGGAAGCAGAAAGUGGGGAAGAAAUGCACGAAAUCCAAAUGUGGCAGAUGGAGGAGAGUGCUACAGAAAGAAAGAAAUUUCAUAUUUUAAUGGGGAUUCUCUAUGGUCUUUCUUUACUUGUCCGUAUGUAUUAAAUUGGUAAUUAAGUGAUUGACAAAGAGAAAACAUAGACAUUUAAAAUCCUCUUGGAUUUUUAGACCCUAUUUAUAGAGCUAUUUAAUGGUGGAGGGAAACUCUCUUUCCCCCUACAAAAAGUAAUUCUUGAAGUUUAGCCCUCUGAUGCAGAUUAUUUUGGUUCCACUCGAGACCCCAGUCCUGCCCUGGUUUGGUUCCAAUGUGUAAACCAGGAGUUGCGAAGGAAUUGUUAUUCCUUAGGCUUAACAUUUGUCACUGUUUUAUUUCUGUUUAUUUUUGAAUAAAAAUAUAAAUAAACCUAAAAAUGGAAAACUGUUCA